CGCGGCACGCCGGCGCGCGGGGUUUAAACCGGCGGCGGUUGCCGGGCGAGUGUUUCGCUGGUGGGGUGGGACGUGGUUCCUGUCYCUGUGCCCGUGCCAUGGACUCCCACCUCUACCGCAAUGUGUAUCCCGGCGUCAUUAUUAAUAUCCAAAGAAGCAACGGCUUAAUCCAUAAGGCAACGGUGAAGGUUGUGAACGUGGAGCAGUCCUGCGUGACUGUGGAGUGGUGUGAGAGCGGCGCCACCAAGGGCAAGGAGGUUGAUAUUGGUGAUGUGAUUGCAAUAAAUCCUGAAUUAUUAGAACUACCUGCUGCUGAUGUGAAAGAGAAUGUUCCUUUGCAAGACAAUGUAACUUCACAGAAACAGAAGCGUAGAGCAACCCUUUCAAAAAUUCCUGCUCCACGAGAAUCAGUCACAUCUAAUGUCUCUGCACAUGAGCAGAAGAUUCAAGCUGUUCGCGGCCGUUCACGGAUGUCUGCUGUCACAGAAUCCCAGUGCAGCCUCCCGGAAGAUGAGAUGGCAGUAGAUCCCUGCACUUCUUUGCAAACCAGAAAAUAUAUGUCACUUUCUGCUGGCCGAACCAGGGCUAGCGGGCUGGGUUGUGUUCCAGAAGCCUCACUGUCAAGUGUAAAUGGAAAUACAGAGAAUCAUCUGCCUGCUGCUAGAACGAGCUCUUCAGAGAGCCCAGUUCGGAGAAGAUCUAACAUUGUGAAAGAGAUGGAGAAAAUGAGAAACAAGAGAGAAGAAAAGAGAGCUCAAAUUAGUGAAAUCAGGAUAAAACGAGCGCAGGAGUUUGACAGCACCUGUCCAAACUGGGAGUUUGCACGUAUGAUCAAGGAAUUCAGAGAAACUUUAAACUGCCAGCCACUAUCUAUAAGUGAUCCAAUAGAAGAGCACAGGAUUUGUGUCUGUGUGAGGAAGCGCCCUCUCAAUAGGCAAGAACUUCUAAAAAAGGAAUGUGAUGUGGUUACUGUUCCAAGCAAGUGUGUCCUAAUGGUGCAUGAACCAAAGCAGAAAGUUGACCUAACAAAAUACCUUGAAACCCAGACAUUUAGAUUUGACUUUUCAUUUGAUGAAACCUCUUCAAAUGAAAUGGUAUACAGAUUCACUGCUAGACCUCUUGUAGAGACCAUCUUUGAGGGUGGGAAGGCAACGUGCUUUGCGUAUGGGCAGACAGGCAGUGGCAAGACACAUACUAUGGGUGGAGACUUCUCAGGGAGAACACAGAAUGCCUCAAAGGGUAUAUAUGCUUUUGCCUCACAAGAUGUCUUCCUCCUCCUAAACCAGCCCAAGUACAGGAGUCAGAAUCUGGAAGUCUAUGUGACYUUCUUUGAAAUAUACAAUGGAAAGGUGUUUGACCUCUUGAAUAAGAAGGCCAAGCUUCGAGUCCUGGAGGAUGGCAAGCAACAGGUCCAGGUUGUUGGUCUCCAAGAGAGACCAGUUGGCUGUGCUGAGGAUGUCAUCAGAAUGAUCACGAUUGGCAGUGCCUGCAGGACRUCUGGGCAGACCUUUGCAAAUGCUAGCUCUUCACGGUCACAUGCCUGCUUCCAAAUCAUACUGCGCCGAAGAGGACAACUGAUUGGCAAAUUUUCCUUGGUGGAUCUGGCAGGAAAUGAAAGGGGUGCAGACACAUCUAAUGCUGAUCGGCAGACACGCAUGGAAGGUGCUGAAAUCAAUAAGAGCUUGCUGGCUUUGAAGGAGUGCAUCCGAGCUUUAGGGCAGAACAAGUCUCAUACCCCUUUUCGGGAGAGCAAGCUGACCCAGGUGCUAAGAGACUCUUUCAUAGGAGCAAACUCAAGGACUUGUAUGAUAGCAAUGAUUUCUCCAGGCAUGAGUUCGUGUGAGUACACCUUAAACACACUGAGAUACGCUGACAGAGUGAAAGAGCUCAGCCCUCAUGAUGGAGCUGGUGACACACAGAGUCAGAUGGAGACUGAGGAAGCAGAGACCAGCAGAGAAGGCUCAACUCUUCAAUACAAUUUCUCCAAGGAUGAGGAGGAAGAACUCUCUCCCCACAUGUUCACCUAUCGAGAGGUUAUGACUCAAAUUAGUGAACGGGAGGAGAAGGUUGUAGAACAGCUCAGAGAACUGAGACAGAGAAUGACAACUGAACUGGACUACCUCUUGGGAAUCACAGAGAAACCAGACUAUGAUCUUGAGACCUUUGUGAGCMGAGCUAAGUACUUCGUAGAAGACAGCUCAAGAAAUUUCCUCAGUGUCAGAGAAACACUGGAUGCCCUGGGGACUGCCAUGCAACUGGAGGAGCAAGCCAGCAAACAGAUAAACCGGCAGAGGCCUUAGUUAUUACAGCAAAAUCUGGUUCACAAGCAAUUUUGCAUGCACUUGUCUUCUCUUGCAUGUUUGUCAGUGGUUUGUAUCAUUCCUGUUUUAAAUGUGGUAGGGUGUCUGCAGGCUGCAUGUGCCCAGGGGCAGUGAACACAGCAGCCUUUUUCUCCAUGGCCUGUAUCAGGGUACUCAGCAAAGUGCUAAAAUGCACCCACUGCAAGACUUGGGUAGGGGCCUGAGAGUCUGCAUCUCAGUCGCUGCCUGAGAUGUCUGGCAUCUGGCCCUUUGCUAGUGACAGUGGUCUUCCCAAACAGAACUGAAUACACAUGUACAGUCUAAUCUUUUCCAGAUGUGCUUGAAACACUGCAAAACCUUUGCAAGUUUUGCUUUUCUAGAAAGAAAAUGGACUAUGUGAUUGUAAAAACCAGUAUUUUAAGAUGUUGAAUAAAUAAAUGUUCUUGGAUAUAAUUAUCUUAUCUGUCCUACAAAAAGUAUUUCUUGCUGAUUUUGGUAACAGCUCCUAAAGACCAGUUGGUUGUUGAUAGGGAGGCUGAUUUUUUUUAGAUGAAG